AUGGAAGAACAAGACUGGGAUAACUUUAAAACCAUGCGCAGACUGGCUAAGCAAAAGAUCAAAAAAGCACACAAUGAUUACUUAAAAGAAAUCCUAGAUGAAGCUUUGGAAAAUCCCAAGAAAUUUUGGCAGUACAUAAAAAGCAAAAAACAGACCGCGUCUGGGGUGGCCCCCCUAGCGCAACACAACAGCCUCGUUGUGGAUGCCCAGGGUAAGGCAGAAAUCCUCAGCAGGCAGUACGACUCUGUCUUUACAGAUGAAGACAUGGUCAACGUACCCGACCUAGGGGACAGCCCCUACCCCGACAUGCCAGAGGUCGAGGUGACCCUGCUGGGGGUGCAAAAGCUCCUACAGGGGAUAAACCCUGCUAAAGCCUGUGGGCCAGAUCAAAUUCCCUGCAGAAUUCUUAAGGACUACGCCAUAGAGAUCAGUCCAAUUUUACAAAUAAUCUUCAACCAGUCCCUUGCAACUGGGCAGUCCGUGACGAAGACCAUUAUGCCCUCCAAACUGACCUAG